AGAAAGAACAGAGAUUGCUUUUCUAAAUUCAUCAGUUAGUAGCUGCCUUAAAUUUGUACACAGAAAUAGCCCAAAAUUUGACCCACCAAAAUGUCUAUAUUCUUGGAUGUUGUCCAGCGAAUAGUGUUGCAAAAAGCCUAUGAACUGACACAGUGUGCCGCAUACCGAGUGCUUGGAAAAUGCAUCAAGCUGGAUGAAGAGACUUGCAAGCGUACGGCAACGACUUCAGAUGGAAUACCAAUCAAAAGCCCAGUGCCUGAGCCACCAGCAAAGCCCAAGGCAGAACCUCCUGCCUUGAUGGCUAAGCCAAAGCCAGAGACUGUCUGGCAGUGCUAUGAUGAACGCGACAUGCCGCGCAACAACAGCGGCCUCAUCGAUCCGCCUCAGAUGUCCUGCAUGCGAGUGUGCCGCGACAGCUACUUCUCCUAACGCGUGCAAGUAAAAUCAAAGACCAUCCAUAGAUUCAAAACAAUUGCAACUUUAAUAGAAUGGAGAUAUAGAAAGAACGAUCCACAGUACUCCGGAUCUGGCAACGAAUCUCGCGACAUUCUCAAUUCUCGCGUAUAUAAUUAUCAAAUGUAACACUAAUAACAGUUUUUGGUAGCAACUA